CUUCCCCUCAACUCCACAAUUGCUAUUUGCACUCCGCUCUUACAAUGCAGCGAAGGGCGAAGUGAGGAUCAAAAUACUCGUAGCCAAUUCGCUGGGUAGGUGUAACGGAAAAAAUUACCCCGCAAGACAGACAUGAGAUCCUUGACUGCAGGGUGGAAAUCUCGACCCGGGGUUCUGGAUAUGGGAAUCAGUCCCAGAACAGUAAGUCAGAAAUCGAAACACGCGGCGGAGUGCCAGGAACAUAUAAGUUGGGCUUUGAUAUGUUCAUGUUUAGCUCAACAAGAUCUCAACACUCUCUUCACCGUCAGUCAGGAAUCUUCAUGAUGGGAAACCAAAAUCAGUCUGUCAAUUUGUACACUUGGGGCUGUAGUUUGUUCGCUGCAGUCGGCUCUCUUCUCUAUGGGAUUGACUCUGGUGUGAUAUCGACUACCAUAUCCCACCAAAGUUUCCUCACAAAGUUUGCUCCAUUUACACCUUCAAUCAAAGGUGCUGUCGUCAGUAUCUUCGGUGCUGGCUCAUUCUUCGGAGUCAUAUUUGCUGGAUGGGCAGCCGACGCUUGGGGACGUAAAAGGACAAUUCAAUUUGCAUCGAUCAUCGCUAUCAUUGCUGGUGUUAUCCAGGCCGCUGCUGUUAAUGUUGGAAUGCUAAUUGCGGGCCGUUUUAUUGGGGGAGUUGCAGUUGGUAUCAUGAAUAUGACUAUACCAAUAUAUAACAGCGAGAUCGCACCACCUGCGAAGAGGGGAAUGAUCGCGGGUCUGCAUGCACAGUUUGUUGGCGUUGGUUUUGCAGUCUCGAAUUGGAUCGGAUUCGGGUGUUCCUAUGCAACGAAUGACUUCCAAUGGAGGUUUCCACUGGCUUUCCAAUGCGUACCGGCCGUAAUCCUUCUAGCAGGAAGUUUCUGGCUUCCCUUCUCCCCUCGCUGGCUCAUGGAGAAAGAACGCGAUGACGAGGCUUACACCGUGCUCAAACGUCUUCACGGAAACAUUGGCGCAGACGAAUCUUUCUUCCAAGCCGAGUUCAGCCAAAUGCGAGAUCAGAUCCGAUUCGAGAACAGUGUCUCAGUUCGAAGCUUCUCCGAUCUCUUCACCAAGCCCAGCAAUAGGAAGAGACUCAUACUUGCAAUUCUUGUCCAAGUCUUCACACAACUUUCCGGUAUUAACGUCAUCAAUUAUUACCAGACGGAUCUGUACAAGGGAUUGGGCAUUACCGGUCAUAACGUCACAUUGCUGGCGAGUAUUUAUGGAAUGGUUGGUCCGAUUGCCAAUGUAAUCUGUCUGUACUUUGUCGACAGCUGGGGACGGAAGAAGACCCUUUGGAUCACAGGCAUUAUCAUGACUGUGGACAUGGGACUUGUCAUGGCCAUGACCGGAGCGUUCAGUCAGACCAGUAAUGUUAUCGGUAAGGGAUUCGGAAUUGCAUUCAUAUUCUGCUUCUCUAUCAUCUACUCUCUCGGAUACAACUCUAUCCACUACAUCUACGUCCCAGAAAUUAUGACAAUGGCCAUCCGUGCUAAGGGUUCCGCCAUAUCAGUCUGCUCCAACGUCUUGGUCAACAUCGUUUUUAAUCAAGUCUCACCCAUUGCAUUUGCCUCUGUCGGGUACAAAUACUACUCCUUGUUUAUCUGUACUAACGCUGUCGGAGCUAUUGUGGUCUUCCUCAUGUUCCCCGAGACCAAAGGCAAGAGCUUAGAGGAAAUCGCUGCUAUCUUCGGAGACGAAGUCAUUGUGGCCAAUCUUGAUGCUACUCAGAACAAGAUCGUGGCUCAGGGUGCGGAGGACGAGCAGGUUGAGCGUGUGGCAGGGAAAGCGGAGAAUAAGUAG